AUGCAACCAGCAGACACCACACUGAUGCAAUUAGAGAAAGAAACAUAUCAGAAAUUUAGGCAAAAAUCAUACAUGGCAGAAGUACUAUUGCAGCAAAGGAGCAAAGCUGCAUGGGUGAAGCUAGGUCCAGAUGGAUAUGGGAGUGAGUUCUUCAGAGCAGCCUGGAAGAUCAUAGGGACAGACAUCACUGAAGCUAUUUUGAAUUUUUUUGAGAAUGGAAAACUACUAACUCAGUUGAAUGCUACAAUGAUCUCUCUAAUUCCUAAUAUUGAAGUACCACAGGAUACAGGACAGUUCAGAUCAAUCUCUUGUUGCAAUGUGAUAUAUAAGUGCAUCUCCAAGAUGAUUUGUAAAAGGUUGAGCAUGGUCAUUAAAACUAUUGUGGCUGAAAACCAGGCUGCAUUUGUGGAGGGAAGAUCUUUGCUGGUAAUGACUUGUAUCUCUACCACAAGAUUUUUUGUCAAGGUGAAUGGAGUAGGGUAUGGGUAUUUUGAGGGAAAAAGAGGUCUAUGGCGAGGGGAUCCCAUGUCCCCUUUCUUAUUUGUGUUGGUCAUGGAGUAUCUAACAAGAAUACUAAAGAGGAAGAGUAACCUACCAGAUUUCAAGUUUUAUCCUAUGUGCAAAAAGACCAAAUUGACUCAUCUAUUAUUUGUUGAUGACUUAAUGAUUUUCUGUAAAGGAGACAUUAAGCUAGUGAGUAGAGUAAGGGAAGCACUUCAACAUUUUAGUGAGGUAACUGGACUGGAAAGAAAUCUGGAUAAGUCUAAUCUGUUUGUGGCAGGUGUAGAUGAGGAACUGAAGAAGCAACUACUUGAUAUAACAGGGUUCUCCUGGGAUCUUUGCCAAUAA